UCUCUCUCUGAUUUCAAUCCAACAAAACUUCCUUUCCUAUUUCUCGUCAAAAAAGAAAAAAAAAAACAAAGAAAAGGUCACCCGUACCAAAUUCUCUCUUUCUCCUCGAUCAAUUCUUUCCUCGAUUUCGUUUCAAUUCCCCCCCACCCAACCAAAAUUCCACUGUUUUGUGUUGCGAUCAUCUCUGUUGUAUUCCGUUCAGCUAGAAUCUCCUAUUUCGCAGUAAAUCUGCCCAAUUAGGAUUCCUAGGGUUUUGAUUCUUCUCCAAAGUCCUCAAUUUUGAGAAUUUCUUUGAUAAUUCUCUCUUCCUUGUGAUUAUAUUUAGAGAAUUUUGGUUGGGGGUUUGAUUUUUUUACGGUUUCGGAAAGACAGGUAUUUUAUUUUUAUAAUCUAUUAUUCAUAGAAAGAGGAGGAGAUAUGAGUUUUCAGGAUCUUGAAGCGGGGCGUGUAGUUGGGGCACGGAGGGGGUACGUGAAUGGGAGGCAGGACCCCACGCAGGCCGUGGCCUCCGGAAUAUUCCAGAUCAACACGGCGGUUUCCACAUUCCAGCGCCUUGUUAAUACUCUUGGUACCCCAAAGGACACCCCCGAACUCCGCGAAAAGCUGCACAAAACCCGGCUACAUAUUGGACAGUUAGUGAAGGAUACUUCAGCUAAGCUUAAACAAGCUAGUGAAGCAGACCAUAAUGUUGAAGUCAGUGCAAGCAAGAAAAUUACAGACGCUAAACUUGCAAAAGACUUUCAAGCAGUACUAAAGGAAUUUCAGAAGGCUCAGCGGCUUGCUGCUGAAAGGGAGACUGCUUAUACUCCUUUUGUUCCGCAAUCAGUUCUGCCUUCUAGCUAUUCAGCUGGAGAUUUUGAUGGAAGUGCGGAUAAAUAUUCAGAACAGCGAGUGCUUCUUGCAGAAUCUAGAAGGCAGGACUUUGUGCUGUUGGACAAUGAAAUUUCUUUUAAUGAAGCUAUCAUAGAGGAACGAGAGCAGGGAAUACAAGAAAUUCAACAACAAAUUGGUGAAGUGAAUGAGAUUUUCAAAGAUCUUGCGGUACUGGUUCACGAGCAAGGAACUAUGAUUGAUGAUGUUAGCUCCAAUAUCGAGGGUGCUCAUGCAGCUACUGCUCAAGGAAAAUCCCAACUGGUUAAAGCAGCUAAAACCCAGAGAUCAAACUCAUCUUUGGCUUGCUUACUACUCGUGAUAUUCGGCAUCGUGCUUCUCAUAGUGAUCAUAGUACUUGCUGCCUGAUCGGAUCUCCCAAAAAAUGGUGACAAGUGUCAUUUGAUGUUUGGUGGUUAAGUUUGUUUGCAAUAUCUGCAAGCAUUGUGGCUUUUUGAGUGUGUUACUGCUUGUUAAAUCAAAAAGGCUUUUGUGACAAAAGAACUAUAACGAUAUUAUGUGGUUGAAUACAGAUUCCUUCAUGGUUGAAGGUGGGGGUGCUAACGAGUACUCCAUCCUGUAAAUUCUGUCUUCUCGUUUUUUUAUUCUCGUGUUGCGUGCUUGUGUAUGGGAUUCACCGACUUCUUCCAUUGUCUUAAGAUUAUCCACUAUCAUUGUUGCCUAGGUUUUUUAUUUGCUGCUUU